UUUGCCAUUAUCAUCACAAUGGAACAUGCAGACAUCCCCAAGAGGCCGUGGGAUACCUGUCGAGAGGUCCCCGUCAUUGAAGAUGAACAAACUCCCUGGAAACUGAUCAAACUACUAAAGAUCAUUUCUCUCUUUGUAGUCGCUGUGAUUGUGUUUGGAUUUGCUAUAUGUAGCAAGACUGCUUUCCUCCUCCUCAUCACCUUUUCAAAUGAAGGCACAAAAACCAUCCCAGCAGAGCAGAAACCUGUCGCUCUGCUUUGCGUCGGCUGCUCGCUCAUCGCCUCCACUGUUUUUUUAUUUCUCAAAAGCAUCUGGAAGGCCUGCUACAAAACUUCAAAGCUGCCAGCAAAAACAACUACGGCCCUGGUUCUGUUCUUCGAGUUUCUGGUGUCUGGGGGUGCAGCGAUUCUCACCAUCGUGGCGAUGCCUCACUUGGACAUCGUGACCAACGUGACAAUACUGAACGGCGUAGCCGUCCUCUCUUCGCUCCUUCAGGUGAUCGCUCAGUGCGUUGCCAAGGAAAGGAACCGCUUCCUGCUGCCAUCCAUCACUGCCUUCAUCCUCAUUUUGUUGGGUUAUGUCCUGUUCCUCGUCUUAUACAUCAUGAAGGAUCCUACUGAUAUCAAGAUGGCCAUCUGGGUGGGUCUGGCUGUUGGUGGGUCCUUCUUGGUGUCUUUCAACUGGUGGGAGAAAUACCUGAGGCUGAUCAGCGAGAACAGCAGCUCGGUCUUUCUCAAGAACCUGAGUAAAGACAUGAGGAAGUGCCAGAACAUCCUGCACAUCCUCUCCAGCCUGCUCAGGAUCGCGGUGACCGCCUGUGUGCUCGGAGCCUACGUCCCUCUGACCAAAAUGGACUGGAACAUCGUGACGUCCAUCCCAAGCCGUGAGACCAGGAUCAUAGCCAUCACCAUCGGGGUCCAGCUUGUUUCCUCAGCACUCUGCCACUGGUUCGCUGUUGCAGCCUGCAAGAUGCACGCCCUGCGACGCUGCUUCGUCGUGCCUUUGUACCUGGCCUCUCUGGCUGUUAUGGCCGUGCUCGUCAUCCCUGUCAUUGUUUACUAUCAGGACUACAGAACAAGUCUGAAUGGGACUACAAGCAUCAACUUCACAAGCUACUGCACUGUGGUUGUGGAUGGAAGAAACCAAAGCCUGAACGACAGUGUGUUCCCACACCUGGUCCUGGAUGUUACACACACUCUGUGCUUCCUGGACAUGUCCAAGAUGGCUGACAUUGGCUUACUGACAGGUUCAUCAGUGUCCUGGUGGCUCGGGCUGGUGUUGGCCACCCUCCAUCUGUGGUACCUCAGUGUGUAUCGUAUCCAGAGAACCCAAGACCUGUUCGCCAGGAGGCUGUACGAAGGAGCCUUCAUCGAGCAGUCCCUCCUACUCAACACCCGCUUCGACAUCCAGACCAAAAACAGGAUGAAGAAGUUUAUGGAAAGUGAAACUGCGAUGGUGUAUCUGUGUGCGACCAUGUGGCACGAGACCUACGAUGAGAUGAUGAACAUCAUUAUCUCGAUAUUCAGGCUGGACAGGUACAGACCAAAGAAAGAGCCAAAGUACAAAGAUUUCACCUUUGAAGCCCACAUCUACUUUGACGACGCAUUCGAAAGCAUUGAGGGGAGUCAGGAGCGUCACCUCAACGAAUACGCAAAGAACCUCGUGGAAAUCAUCACGGAAGUUUACGGCAUCUUUACGAGCAUCAACGAUCAGUUCUUCAGGAAGCAGCAUCAGAUUCCUGAUCAGAAGGUCAUAAGGACACCGUACGGAGGUCGCCUGGUCAUCACCAUGCCUCACGGGAACGACAUCAUUGUUCACUUCAAGGACAAAGACCUCAUCCGCCACAAGAAGAGAUGGUCUCAGGUCAUGUACCUUUACUAUCUUCUCGGCUGGAAACUCAUGACCAAAUAUUACACACGUUGGCAGAAAGGAGAGGAAGAGAAAGAGCUGAAAGCAGAGGUCCAGAAAGAGAAGCACAACACCUACCUCCUGGCUUUAGAUGGGGACACAGACUUCCAGCCGGCAGCUGUGAUGCUGCUCAUCGAUCGUCUGAAAAUGUACCCACGUGUUGGGGCAGCAUGUGGCAGGAUUCACCCCACGGGAUCAGGUCCUGCAGUGUGGUUCCAGAAGUUUGAGUACGCUGUCAGUCACUGGCUGCAGAAGACAGCGGAGCACGUGAUUGGCUGUGUGCUGUGCAGCCCGGGCUGCUUCAGUCUGUUCAGAGCAGAGGCGCUGAUGGACGACAACGUGAUGAGGAGAUACUCCACCAAGUCCACAGAGGCGAGCCACUACGUCCAGUACGAUCAAGGCGAGGACCGCUGGCUCUGCACUCUGCUGCUGAAGCAGGGAUGGAGAGUGGAGUACAACGCAGCAUCCGAUGCCUACACCAACGCACCUGAAGACUUCAAAGAACUCUACAACCAGCGCCGGCGAUGGGGACCGUCCACACUGGCCAAUGUGGUGGAUCUGCUGGGCUCCACCAACCUUAUUUCCAAGAGGAACCCAUCCAUAUCCAAAGCCUUCAUGUUCUACCAGCUCUUUGCCAUCAUCUCAGCCAUUCUGGCUCCUGCCACCAUCUGCCUUUUGGUUGCAGGUAGUUUGACCUUUAUUACAAACAUCCCUGCCCCUGCUGCUCUGGUCAUAGCUGUGAUACCUCCUGCCAUCUACCUGGGUCUCUGCUUUAAGCUCAAGCCAGACACUCAGAUCACUGUUGCAGCGAUCUUGAGUCUCAUUUAUGCAUUCCUCAUGCUGGUGGUGACGAUGUCCAUUAUCGGUUCAAUGGUGAAGGAAAAAACCAUCCUGACACCCAGCAGCAUUUUUGUCAUCGCGAUGGCCAUCAUUUACAUCAUCACUGCCAUAAUGCAUCCUCAGGAGUUCUCUAUAGUGUUCUAUGGCUUUCUCUACAUCAUCUGCAUCCCCAGCGCCUACCUUCUGCUCACCAUCUACUCCAUGGUCAACAUGAACAACGUGUCCUGGGGCACCAGGGAGACGAAAUCUGCUGCUGGGGCUGCCCCACCUGCAGCAGCCACCCCUCAAACAAGAGCACAGAAAGCCAAAAGCACCUUCCAGCGGCUCCUCUCGUGGGUUAAAUGUUGUAAAAAAUCCAGCCGGAAGUCUCAAGAGCGACAGCUCAGUGUCAACCAGGAGAGCAUAAUCCCAGAACCUGAGCAGGCUGAACCUCUGCCCCAAAACACAAUUGUAGAAGACAUAAAGAUCCCAGAGGUAGAGCAGAGGCAAGUUCCACCUGUUUUCGACUGUCCUACUCAAUGCUGGGUCACACAACUACAGGAGUCGUCCACUGACAUGAGACUGCAGGAGGACUCACUCGACCAGGGGGAGCAGGAGUUCUGGAACGAGCUUCAGGAGAGGUACCUGAAACCUCUGCCCGAUGACAAAGAGAAACAGAAAAAGAUUGCCAGUAAUCUGCAGGGGCUGAGAAACAAGAUCAACUUCGCCUUCUUCAUCUUGAAUGCCAUGUGGCUGGUGGCGACAUUCACUCUCCAGAUCUUCCACAACGUCUUUACCAUCAAAAUCCCAAAGGUCGACUUAGACCUCAAAGAGACCGGAACAGACAUAGAAGUCGAUCCUAUUUCCUUCAUGUUCAUUCUGGGAUUUGCAGUGUCGGUCGUGAUCCAGUUCUUAGCCAUGCUGUACCACAGAAUCUACACCCUGAUCCAUUAUGUAGCCUUUCUGGACACCGAGCCAAAGGAGCAAAAACCUGAAACGCAAGACUUAUAUGUGCAAGGCAAAAAGGACGAUUCUGUCUCCAGUGCAGACUCCGACUCCAUGUCCCAGGACGACUGGUCUGACAGUGACGAUGAGUACGCCCCAGGGUUGUACAACAGAGGCUAUGAUGGAGGAACGCUGGUGUAAACACAGCUUCUCUGCACAACCAAAACUUUUUAGCACUUUUCCACUGUAUGUGAGAUUUUACCAAAAAUGUCUUCAUUAUGUGCAUUAUUCAUGUCGAGUUUACAUUUAUUCAAGUGCAAUUUAUUUAUAAAAGCUUGUAUUGAACCAGUUUGUUACAAACUGCUUUAAAGGAAGGGAAAGGGACAGAGCAAGAACAACACAACCUGUCAACCAUGUUGUGUGUGUGUGUGUGUGUCAGUAUCUGUUAAUGGUAUUUAUGAAGGAUCUGUUGUAUUAUGUUGUGUUACAUGGUAAAUUCUGAGUUUGCUGCUUCUAGAUGUAAUAUUCUGUCUAAUGUGGAGAGGAAUGAAUGAAGAUUGAUGAAGUUCUUUUAUUGUUUAAAAAAAAGUCAGGAUAUGUUGUGCACUGAACUUGUUGGCAGGUGCUUGUAUUUAUGAGAAAAAAAAUUAAUUAUCAGUAGAUAGUUUUCUCUAGUUCCACUGUUGUUGUAAAAUGUCUUGGAUAAACAUGUAAGCUUAAAACCAAAUAUAUAAAGUGUUCGCUGCCUUAUUGGCACAGAAAUGUGUUAAAAAGAAAAAGAAAACUGUAAAGAGCAUUAGCAGAUAUUGUAUUUAUUUUUGAAUGAAUGAGGAAAAGGUAUAACUAUCCAGAGAUUUUGUUUCUAUGAUUUGUAAUUUUACUUUUUUAUAAAACAGUGAGAGCUGACUUUUGGUGUUUAGCUUUGUUGUUAUAUGUCGUGUUUUUUCAGUUCAAGUUUUUAAAAUAAAUUAUCUUAUAAGUAUA